AUGGCGGAGAAAGUGAUGGUAGCCGGAGCCUAUGAGCAAAAUAUCCGAACAAACCUUGGUGAAACGAGAAAACAGGAUAAAAAAGUUAAACAAAAGAAGAACAGGCAGAAAGCUAAAAAGCCUGUCGUCGAAAUCAAUGUAAGGAAAGAUCGGAAGGUUAUAAAUGAAUAUCACACUUUAAACAAAAAAAUUGACGCUAUGCGAAAGAAUCCAUCGAUUUCUAGGGAAGAUAAAGCUUCUAAGAUCGCAGCAUUGGAGGCAAAAAAGGAUAAACUUGGAGGGAUAAAUGCUUAUCAACAGGCUUCAAGACUUGGAGAAGCUCACCACGGAAGUUUCAACUCGGCAAAGUGGGUAGUAAAGCAACUGAAAGUCUUAAACCUUCGUCUCGCUCAAGAAGAAGGUACAAGUGAUAAAUUACGACUUCUUGACGUUGGAGCUCUUGAUAACAACUAUCAGAGACACGUAAAAUGGAUUGAAUGUGCAGCUGUUGACCUAAAUCCCCAAAGUGGUAACGUUAAAAAAGCUGAUUUUUUAACUUUAAACGACAAGGAAAAGUAUGAUGUUAUUGUGAUGAGUUUGGUAAUAAACUUUGGGGGGACGUUCGUAAACGAGGAGAUAUGCUGCGGAAAUGUGAAAAGCUAA